AAAAGCUGCCUAUAUAAAUGUCCCUGUGCAGGAGACUGGAACUAGUUUGUGGAGGUGCAGACUGCUGAAAUAGUUAGCUUUUUUUGGACAAGAUCUGUGAAAGUUUAAGCAUCUUCUGCUUUUAACCUGCUCUCCAGCAGCCUCUCUGGUUUGUGCGUCUGUCCCGGACGAGGGGGCGGUGGGGUGGCGUCACGUCAUAUCAGCCGCCGCGCUCUGAUUGGCUGCCGAUUCUCACCCGACACAGCUGUGAUUGUUUUCUGCAGAGGAAGCUCUUGUCCCUGGUAUGAUCCCUGUGCUGUAGAAUUGAGCAGCACUGUGUUUUUCUCUGUGUGUGUGUCUGCUAAUGAUGAUGUGAACAAAAACGUGAUUUCAGUUCUUGUUGUAACGAUCAGGAGUGGAGGUUUCUCUUUGGACCAGACACUAAAGACGUCCUGAAAUCAAGGCUAAAAGUGCCAAAUGCCCAGACUAGAGGACCACUGCUGGAGCUGCUCCUGUGCAUCAAGAAUUGAAACUAAGCACUCAUCUGGAGCUAACUGGUUAGCACACAAAGCUGAAGAAAUGAUGUCCAUCAUCACCUCGGUGCUCAGCAAUGCCUACGGAUCUCUGCACGACGUCCGGACGGCCAACCUCAUCCGCCGGGGUCUCGUCCUCUUCACCGUCGGAGCGUUCCUCGCCCUGGUGCUCAACCUGCUGCAGAUACAAAGACAUGUCACCCUGUUUCCCGAGGAGGUGAUGGCAACUUUGUUUUCGUCUGCCUGGUGGAUCCCUCCUUGCUGCGGCACAGGGGCCGCUGUUGUCGGCCUGCUGUAUCCCUGCCUCGACAGCCAUUUGGGAGAGCCGCACAAGUUCAAGAGGGAGUGGGCCAGCGUCAUGAGGUGCAUCGCAGUGUUUGUCGGCAUCAACCACGCCAGUGUUAAACUGGACUUUGCCAACAACGUGCAGCUCUCCCUUACGCUGGCAGCCUUGUCCUUGGGUCUGUGGUGGACAUUCGACCGAUCCAGGAGUGGCUUUGGUUUGGGCAUCACCACUGCCGUCCUAGCUACUGUGUUCACGCAGCUGCUGGUCUACAACGGAGUCUACCAGUAUACGUCUCCAGACUUCUUGUAUGUACGCUCCUGGCUCCCAUGCAUAUUCUUCUCAGGCGGUGUUACCGUGGGAAACAUUGGACGCCAACUUGCCAUGGGUGGCGUCGAGAAACCCCACAUGGACUGAACAGUGGAAACACAGAAAAGCAGGCGAAGGACGGCCAAUGUAAAGAUGGACAAGUUAUGCAAAGAACGAGGAGAAUAACAGGAGAAAAAGACUCAUUGUUUUGACUUCAUCCUUUGUUAUAUAUCUUAUAACAAAGUGCGGGUCAGAAAAGCCCCUCAUCUAACGUGCCAUGUCCUCUGUACCUCCUUGUGGCCAAACAUCCUCUCCCUCCCACCUCUGUUCUACUCCAUUAGCAUUAAGGCUUCCUUCACACCAGACAGGAGGACAGUGUUUGCCUUUUUUGUUUGUUUUUUGAAGUGAACUGUUGACUGGUUUAAUUUUUACGCUGGAAGUACGUGUCUUUCUGCAGUUUGAGUGGAAGCGUGCGCGUGUGCUUUAAUGUGGAUGCAUUCUGGUCUUAGCGGAGAAGACUGUUUUGUUUUUAGCCUGAAUAUAUAAUGAUCAUAAAAGGGAAAUGUUGUAUGAGUGGGAAAAAAAGGAAAUGUCUUCACUCUCGCAUAGAAAUGCAUUCAGUGGCCUCAGUUGCGUCACUGGGGCCCAGAGGAGAUGUAUGUUCCCAGCCAAAUUAAGUAUUUAUUUUGUACGUUUUUGAAUGACCCCAAACCAAAUGUACUGUAUGUUUAAUAAUGAAUAUUGCUUCCCAUUUUGAAAAGAAAA